AUGGCCGAAGCCCCGCAGAGCGUGCCGUCGCUGGCUGCGCUGUGUGUGGCGCGUCUGGCCGCGGGCGCCCCGCAACGCGUACUGCUCAGCAUUCUGCGGCGUCUGCCCGAAGAGCUGGUGCUGACGCUUCUGGCUGACAUGAUCACGUCCAAGACCCUGACGGACGACCGCCUGGCCGCCUUCUUCAUGAUCUCGCGCCGAGUGCUCAACCUGUCGGGCUGCUGCGCCAUCCGUAACUCGAUCCUGCGCCAGAUCCCUUUCCGCUGCCCGGAGCUGCGCUGUUUGGAUCUCUCGAACUGCCCCCAAGUCACCAACACCGUCGUCCGCGCGGUGCUGCAAGGGUGCUCCAACCUGCAGACGCUGCAGCUGGACGGCUGCCGUCACAUCACCGACGCCGCGUUUCAGCCGGAUCACUCGCCGUUCUACGCGCUGCUCGCGUGCACGUCGCUGAAGGUCGUGAGCUUCGCGCGCUGCUCGCAGUUGACGAAGGACCUCGUGCUGUUCCUCAUCAAGGCGUGUCGCUCUCUCACCGAUAUUAAUUUUUCGCGUUGCAAGCGCAUCAACGACGAUGCGAUCCACCUGCUGCUCCGCUCUGCAACUGAUCUGCAGCGACUCAACCUGUCGUUCAUGGACAUCUCGGAUAAGGCGUUCACGACGGAGCCGUCGGACCAACGCAACGGGUUUUACGCCAUGGGCCGCGCGUUGCGUGCCAUCGACCUCACACAGAGCAAUAUUACCGACGCGACGCUGUUUGCGCUGGCCAAGCACUGUCCGCAUCUCGAGGAAGUAAAGCUCAGCUGCUGCAGCGAGAUUACGGACGUGGGUAUCGAGGCGCUCGUGCGCUCCUGCAGGCGUCUACGCGCGUUAGACCUGAACAACUGUGCGCUCAUCACGGACCGCGGCGUAGGCAUGCUUGGGGCCUAUGGACAACGGCUGGAGCGCUUGAACCUGUCGUGGUGCAUGAACAUCACGGACAAGAGCGUUGCGGACGUCGCCCGCGGUUGCGAGCACCUGCAGGAACUGCUGCUGGUGUGGUGCACGCAGCUCACGGACGCGUCGAUCGACGCGUUUCUCCCCGAGUCCGAGUCCGUCUCCGAGACGGCCAGGAGGGUGAAAGACCUGAAGCUCAACUUUAGCGGGUGCAAGGGGCUCAGUGAAGCUCACAUAGAGGACGCUCGCAAGAGAGGGCUCGAGGUUGUCACCGGCGCAUGA